GGAUCGGACGAGAACUGUAUUGCUAUUGCUGGGAGGGUCAGAUUUUGCAAGGGGAGUCACGUGUCCCUGAGCUGGGAGGUCUCCAAACCCUCAGAACAGCUGGACAGGUACGUAACUGAGAUAGACAGGCACAGACAGGCACAGACAGGCAUAGACAGGCACAGACAGGUACGUAACAGGCACAGGUACAGUGUCCACCGAAGACAAUGGCCCUCCUCCGGCCCUCAGAACAGCACCGAUAUGCCGAGCUCCUCGCGAGCAGCAAGAGCGCGGCGGCGAUGGACUACGACGAGGCCCACGCGUACAUCGCCCGCUUCCUCGCCGCGACGCCCUCACUGCACGCGCUCGGAGCUCACCUGGCCGCCCAGUUCAGCUGCCCAAUCGCUGCCGUGUCCUGGACUCCGACGCCGAGGACGCUGAGUUCAGUCGUCGAGCUGCUGAGCGAGGGCGAGCACCUGGGGACACCGAGGUCUGGGCUGGGCUAUGAUGACGCGCACAAAUGGGUCUCUGAUUUCUUGCGGCGAGUCCCGAGCGAGGAGGGGCUGAGAGUCACGGCGAAGAAUCUGUGGAAGAUUGAUCUUCCCGCUUUCACACAGACCCACACGCUCAUCCCAGAAGGCGUCACCGAACACAACGUCGCAGAAUCGAUACUACUAGCCGCAAACCGCCACCCGGACCGGAAGAUGAAUGAUGUUAUGAGUGGGACUUCGAAGGAGUUUGCGGUCGAGAUUGUGUCGGGGGCUGGGACGCCGGUUCCUGCGACGAAGGAGAAGGAUAGGGAAGGGAGGGAGACGAGUCCGACCAAGAGUGCCUUGUCCACUGUGGCGGACUCACUCAUGAGCGGCGCCAGGAAGUUCCUGGGGUUUGGACAAACCAAGUCUCCGGCCAAGGAACACGCCGACCCUGACGACGAGAUUGUCGAGAUUUCCCCAGGCCCCAAACGAACGAGCUCAACCUCGCAAGCGAAGAAGAGGAGGGCAAGCAAGAAAUUCAGUGUCUGGACAUGUGGCUGGAUGGGAUGUGCCGCCGAACUCCACGAUCGACCUACGCUGGAGAAACAUGUAAAGUCCCAACACGGACUCGAAGCACCUUCUGGUGGAUUCCCCUGUGUCUGGCAAGGCGGCUGUUCCGACAAAAUGAUCGAGUUUGAGAGUAGACCGGAGAUUUUGGAACAUAUCCAGAAAGAACAUCUGGAUCCGAUGAGGUGGGCUUGUGGGGUUUGCACUGGGUUGACGUUCGCGAGGAAGGAGGAGUUUGACAGACACGAGGCUGAUUUCCAUCCUGACAUCUCUGACCCGGAGGACGACAACGGCGAGACCCACGCAAUCCGCCGGAAACGGAGAAAGACUGGGCGUAGUAGUCUAUCCUCACCGCUUUACACCACACCACUCGCUAAACCCGGUCCGAAGGGUUGGACACCGAAACCGCCCCCAGGGUACUCCAUGCCCGAAACACUCACCGGUUCUGGCCGUCGAAAGGGUGAACGCACCAGGGAGGAGGAGGAGGUGGGGAAGAGGAGUAUCGUGGAUCGGAAAACGAGCGGGUGGAUUGAUUCGGAGGAUGAGGAGGAGGUCAAGGUACAGCGUCUUGCGUUUGAGGGACCGGAUGUGACACUGGUGGUAGGAAGGAAGAGGGCGAGGAGGGCGAGGGAGUUGGUUCCUGCGGAUAGUUACCGGGCGAAGAUUGCGAGGGCGGCGGAGGAGGAUAUGAGGGUGAUUAAGGGGGUUGCGGGAAAGGCGAAGGAUGGGUCGGUGACGCCGGAGGAGGGUGGGAAUAGGGUCAAGUGGGCGCGAUGGCUUAGUUACGUGAAGCGUUGACUGUGGUUAUCAAGUAUGACAGUGGACUAUUUGUAUGCGAUAUCGAUUUUGAGGUUAUCUACAGGAUCAUCAAUGAUCAAUACAUG